UAGCCCCCCUCCUCAGAUCCAGGGGCCGGUCCAUCCCCCUCCGCCUGAAAUCAACCCCCCCGUCGCCCUAUCCGCGGCACGGCCACGCUCGCUUGCCUGCCUGCUUCCCCCCAAUCCCUCUCUUCCUCUCCUCGCAGAGGGAAGAAGAAGAAGAAGCCCGAUUGGUCACCCCUCUCCCCGAAUGGGAGGUCGGUCGAUCCCGCGCCAAUAAGCAGCACCUCGGCGGGUGGGUGGGUGGCCGGGGGGAUUGCUUCGCUCGCCCCGCUCCUUCCUUCGAUCCAGCCGAUCGAUCCCAGUCGAAUCCAAUCCAAUCCAAUAAUUUACUCUACUUCUCCUCGCCGGCCGCCGGCCGCCGUCUUCGCUUCGCUUGGACCUCCCACCCGGUUGGUUGGAUUUUAGAAAGUUUCUCCCGUUCUUUCCAUCCUUCUGUUUCGAUUUGGGAUCUUUAGUUCAUCGGCUGCCCGGUGGUUUCUCCAGCCCCAUUUGAUUUCACUUAGGCCCAUUCAGUACUCAGCAUAUCCGUUUGCCUUCGAUCGAGCAAGAAUAUAUACGCAGCCGGCUCGUGCCAGACAUGGAGCACGCGAUGCCGACGAUGGCCGCAGAGUCCGAGGGCGCGACCACCGACGACGACGUGCACCUUUCCCCGACCAGUGUCAGCAGCGGUGGCGGCGGAGGAGGAGGAGGCCCCCCCAGCGUCCGCUUCAAGAUACUCUGCAGCUUCGGCGGCCGCAUCAUGCCCCGCCCGUCCGACGGCGCGCUCAAGUACAUUGGCGGCGACACCCGCGUCCUCGCCGUGCCCCGCUCCAUCCGCUUCCGCGAUUUGAAGAAGAAGGUGGAGGAGAUGUUCAAGACGGAUGUGGCAGCCAUCAAGUACCAGCUCCUCUCCUCCGACGAUCUCGAUGUGCUCGUGUCCGUCACCUGCGACGAGGACCUGGCCCACAUGCUCGACGAGUACGACCGGUUCGAGGCGAAGCGGUCGCCGUCCGCGUCGCCCCGUUUCCGCGUCUACGUCUUCGUGCCGCAUCAAGUCUCCGCCUCGUCGGUCGCCGCCGCCGUCCCCGCCCCCGUCUCCUCUUCGCGCCACGUCAGCUACGCCCGCAACCAGCCGCACUACCAUCAUCACCACCACCUCCUCCAGCCGGAGCGGGAGCGCUACGUGACCUCGGUGCCCGGCACGCCUGACGGAAGCCCGCCGUACCCGGACCAGCCCAACGGCGUCGCCUCGGCGGGGAAUUCCCCGCGCGCCAACAUCGUAGAGCAGGCCGUGUUCCGCGGCGGGAUGCAGCGCGUCCGGAGCUCGCCCAACCUCGGCGGCCUGAACGCGGCACCGCUGCCCUUCCAUGACCACGCUGGGGACAGCCCCGGAGGCCUGGCUGGAUACAUGAGCGGCUCGCCGGUGCACCCGGGCGCCGGCCACAUGUUCUCGCAGGCUAGCUACAACCCCUACCGCAGCCCACAGCCGCAGUACUCUCCAGCGCCCGUGCCCGUGCCGCACCACGCCGGCGUGGCCGGGAGGUACGACACGCGUGGCGGUUACGCGCGGGGCGGCAGCUACAUGGCGGCGCCGCUGGCGCCAGCGCUCCGGUCUGGUCGGCCGGUCACCAGGAGCGGCGGGGCGCCGUACAGCGAGAUGCAGACGCCGAAGAAGGCGGCGACGAUAUGGGACUGAGGUGGUUCUGCAGCGGUUCGGUUCAGGGCCUUGGAGUUGGAGGCAGUAACUUGCAACUUGCUUGAGAUGUAAAUACAUGGAUACUUCCAUGCGGCCUUGUUAGCAGGCUGUUUUGUCGUUGAAAUGUUAUCCAGGCUGAGAAUUAACAAGUUUUCUUCACAUAUCAGGGCUACCCUCUGUGGCUGGAAUGCCUUAACUGUUUUUCA